UCUAUGGCCUAUAAAAUGCAAAACAAACGAGAUCCGUGAGAGCUAGACAGUGUUUGUGGCUGGCGCGCCACAAAAUGUGAAUCAACCAGCUUAAAUCAUUUAAAUAUCAAGCGUGUCAAUAUUUGUGUUAACAGUGUAACGCGCAAAUGAUAUUCAAAAAAUGUUUUUUAGGUAGACAGCUCACUUGAGUCGUCGUUAAUCGGCGUAAUCAGGUUCACAGGUGCUCACAGGUGUUCACAAGUUCACAGGUGCUCUUGCAAGCUUUCACUGAGAAUGUUUCUCCUAAAGAUAUUCUUAGCCACCUCCCUUAUAACUUUAGUACUUCUGUUAUUUUUUGUAACAUUAUACGGUGGAAACUGCACUAUAAAAGCAAAUGCCCGACAGUACUACUUUUGGGUGGAGGAAGGCAAUGUCACAGAUUCUUUGCAGGGAGUUGAGGAGCCUGACCCAAAUAACAGUUCUGCUGUGACUGAUGCAGAAGCAAACACUGCAAUGAGCCCUAAACCUCUUGGGAUUCAAUCAACCCUUGUGCCCACUAUGGACAAGCACAACUUUACUGCUCUGCCCCAGUGGAAAUUUGAGGACCUGUAUCAAUUGGAUCCACAGUUUAAACAGAGUGAAUGCACGGCAUCCUUGCGAAAUUCCUCUAAUCCAGUGUUUAUGGAGAAGUUUAUUCCAAACAUUCAGCUGUUUUUACAAAAUGAUCAUCUCAACGUGAGUGAGUGGAACCGGCUUUAUCACUUUAACAACCCCUUUGGCUAUAUGGGACUCAAUUACACAGCAAUAAAAGCAGCUGUUGACACCAUCCCUAAGCUUGCAUCUACCCAGUUGCUUCAAGUACCUACAACAACGAAAGAUGGUUGUAUUCGCUGUGCUGUUGUCGGGAGUGGUGGCAUUCUCAAUGGCUCCAGGUUAGGGACCGAGAUUGACUCUACUGAUUAUGUGUUCAGGGUGAAUGCAGCCAUUACAGCAGGACAUGAGGAGGAUGUUGGGAAAAGGACAUCUGUUUAUGUGCACACAGCACAUUCCUUAAUCCAGUCACUCAUGUUACACAAAAAAAGAGGUUUCAAACAGAUUCCUACUGACAAGUUUUUUACCUUUUUAUGGAAGGACAUUAAAUAUGUUCUAAUCCCUGAGGGUCCAAGAGACUACAACUUUCUCGAGUCCCUUAUGAAGAACAGAAAAAUACCAUCAGGACCAUAUCGUGGACGAACGCCAAGGAAUUAUUACAGUGGGCAUUUUAAUGAAAGUUCUUACUACAUCCUCCAUCCAGAUUUUCUAAGAUAUGUACGAAACAGGUUUCUUAGGGCAAAACAAUUAAAAACUAAAAGAUGGUGGCUGGUCAGACCCACUAAUGGAGCAUUUACUCUUUUGCUGGCUAUGCACACAUGUGACAUUGUGAGAGUCUACGGUUUUAGCACAGCUGACUAUCGGAAAUAUCCAAACUACUACUAUGACACCAAACACACUAAACUAGUGUUUUUUGCUAAUCACGAUUAUCGUUUGGAGAUGAAAACCUGGAAGAAAUUUCAUGACGACAAAUUUAUCCGGCUGUAUUUGGGAAAAUCUGAUAUCUAAGUGAAUCUGGGUAUCUUACAAGUAAUUCAGCUUCCUUGAAAUGACCCAAAUAAUUACUAAAAAAAGAAUAUAGUUCAGUCAGUGUUAUUUCACAGUGAGAAAGAGGACAUUGGUGUAACUUAUUGCAAAUGUAGGGUGUUUUUUUUUUUUUUUUGCAUUGUUAGUCUCUACUUUGUGUAUUUGUAUUCUGGAAUAAACAAUGAAUUUAUUGUAAAAUACCAAAGUAAGUCAAGUAUGUUUUUUUUUUUUUUAUAUCAUUACGUGCAACUCUAGAGCAUUAAACUACGCUACUUAGUUUAUUAUUUUUUUGCGGUUUAUUAUUGAAAGACAUGGAUUAUAUUGCACAGUGAUGUUAUCCGUGCAUCUCCUUUCAAGUCGUUUCUGCAUUAUUGUAUCAUUUAGGGAGUCAGUAAAUGACAAAUUAACAACUAGUUUAUGGGUGCAGGUGAACUUUAGGAACUCUGGUGGGACUUUACAUCGUUAAAGGGAUAGUUCACCCA